AUGGCUGAUACCUCAACCUCGCUUGCGGUCCUCGGCAUUGCUGCCAUUGUGACACUAUGGUACUUUACAUCGUCUACCAAGGGCGAAAAAAAGCUGGCCAGGUUGGCCCUCAUCGGUGAUCUUCACAGCUCGCCCAUUGAGAAGCCUCUACUAAGAUGGGACGCCUGGGCCAAAGAAAAAGGCGCCAUCGCGACGCCAAAACUCUUUGGAAUCUUGCCGAUGGUCAUUCUAAAUACAGCUGAUGCAUCGACAGAGCUGCUGAGCAGAAGAGGUAAAUGGUACAGCAAUCGCCCCAGUUCAGUCAGCAUGGAGAUGAUCUCGGGUGCGGGGAAGGGCCAGUCGCGCUUUACCGUGAUGCAUGAUAUGGAUGCUCAUCUAAAGCUUCAUCAGCGAAUCUUGUCACCAUCACUUGGUGUCAUCGCUGCACCACGCUAUCAGCCGGUCAUGGAACUCGAAGCAAAGCAGCUCCUCAGAGAUCUUCUUCAGUUAUCCGACAGCAAAUCCUCAGUUGUUUCCAGCGCAGAUAUUUACCCUCUCCUCGAGCGUACGCAAUCAAGCGUCAUUCUUGCUCUCCACUACGGUUUCCGCGUUCCAACUGUUGAUGACCCUCUUUUCCACAGAAUUAUGGAGACGCAGGCUAAAGCUACCCACGUUGCAGCCAACCCUGGUCUCCCCGACAUCUUUCCCUUUUUGCGUCACCUCCCAGCAUUCAUUUCACCCUGGCACAAAGCUGCCGAUAAGAUAUUUCAAGAACAGAAGGAGGUUUACUUAUAUCUCCUGGAACUUGGUGAUAAGAGCCUUGGAUGGAAUGCUACGAAGCAAGCACGUGCUGCCGCGGCAAAGUACUCCAAAGAACCUGUUCCAGACAUCGAUCUCGCUUACAAUCUUGCAACGAGCGUCCAGGGUGGUAUGGAGACCAGCCCCCGGGCUCUCCUCUGGCUCUUCGCUGCUGCCGUGGCUGCCAACAAGGACUUCAUCAAGCGCGCCCAGGCCGAAUUGGACGCUGUGAUAGGACGUGAUCGACUACCUCGCUUCUCAGAUCGAUCUUCGCUGGCUUACAUCGACGCCAUUGUUGCUGAGCUUAUGCGUUGGAGGCCUGUUUCACCUGGAGGUAUCCCACGUCGAGCUGAUGAACAAGAUGACUACCAAGGUAUCAAGAUUGUGAAGAACGCAACAGUCGUGGCCAACGCAUGGUCCAUCGGCCGCGAUGCAGCAGCUUUUGAUCCAACACUCGGUGAUCUCGAGGAAUUCGUUCCCGAGCGAUGGCUCGACGGGGACCAAAUGAAGACUUCUCUCCCAAUACCUGUGUUUGGUCAAGGUCGAAGGAGCUGUCAGGGAAAGCGGGUGGCCUUGGACGGAGGUUUCGCCAAUGUUGCUGCUAUGAUCUGGGCAUUUGACUUUGAAAUGAUGGAGGAGGUGGACUGUAUGGAUAUGGAAGCCAUUUGGGUUAUGGUUCAACCGAAACAGUUCACGUUCAAGCUGAAGCCUAGAGGAUCGUGGGUGGCGAGUGUGGUUGAGGCUGAAUGGGAGAGUGCCGAUAAGGACCUUGGUAACAUUAUGGGUAAGCCAGAGGAUCUUGAGGGCUGA